AUGGUGAUUGAAAUUCUGUUAUGGGAAGAACGUUGGAUUUAUCAUACAAAGGAAGAACAAGCUAAACAGGAUGCGGAUCUACUUCAUCAUGUAUUGACUAAUGAUCACGGCCCUGAUGGUAUGCAUGUAGCGGCCAUGAUAGCGAGGGAACCUAUAGCCCACCUCCAGUCUGUGCUCAAGCACUUCAAAACAAAGUCGGGUGGAAUAUCUAUCUACGAUCAUGUGGAGAUGCUUCAGAAACACAAACUCCUGCGCGUUAUUUUUCAGUGUUUACUUGAUCCCAUAUCCUACUUCACUGAGGUUCUUGAUACCUCUUUAAAAGAUAAAGAGCAUGAUUUUCAUGACAAAGACGCGCUCAUGCGGGUGAUUGUCACGCGAGCAGGCAGAGAUCUGAAAUUAAUAAAAGAAGCAUAUUUCACUCGUAAAGGGAAAAAAUUGAUUGACGUGAUUGGCGAUUCAACAAAAGGACACUAUAAGCACUUCGUGUCAGAUUUGUUUCGAAGGUUGGAAGUUGAUGAGAAGGAGAAGGAGAGGGAGGAGAAGAGGAAGAAGAAGAAGGAGGAGAAGAAGGAGGAGAAGGAGGAGAAGAAGAAGAAGAAGAGGGAGGAGGAGAAGGAGGAGGAGGAGGAGAAGAAGAAGCGGGAGAGGGAGGAGGAGAAGAAGAAGAAGAAGGAGGGAGGAGAAGAAGAAGAGGAAGAAGAAGGAGAAGAAGAAGGAGGAGGAGGAGAAGAUGAAGGAUAA